UGCGUUGGAUGCCGCUGAGCGUGUGGCUCGAGAAGCCGAGCGCCGAGGUUGCCCAGUUAUGCUCCUUUCCAUCGACGAAUACGACGUUGCCAGGGAGAUACACCAGAUUCCAUGAAGGUCUUUUGGAAGUUUCUUCUGCAAAGAAAUUUAAUUUGUUUCUAAGAAGCUUGACAAAAGACUUUCAGACCUUGGGGCAAUGGCUAUUGUUGAAAAAGGUUUGGGAGAUGACCAGCAUCCCUCAGGGUAUGUUUAUGCUGGAAUAUACUAAUGAACAUAAUUUUGCUUGAGCUUACAGAAUGAUAAUGACCCUCAUUGAAUUCUUUCUGGAUGAUAGUCGGCAACCAACCCGUAUCAUGGAAUUCUUCUUCUUCUCCCUUUUUUUUUUUGGUUUCUUUAGAUGCAGCAGAAUUAAUUGAGACCAGCUAAAGGCUGCUUAUGUAGUAUAACCAAUAUAUGAUGUGAUCUUUGGACAUGUCCACUCCUAUGGACAACACAUCUGUAUUGAUCAAUUUAACUGAAACAGCUGCAUUCUCCCAAGUAAUGAUAGCUGUUAGUGUGUGUAUAUAUUUGAGAGAGAGAGAGAGAGAGAGAGAGAGAGAGAUGAGGACAGCACACCUAAUUAGAUUGGAUUUCUUAUGUAGUUGGUUUUGUUUGGGAUUCCUUUGUUUAUUUUUGAGAUUAGAUAAGUAUUAGUAUUUGAGUUCGGUUAGGAUUAGUUUUGGUAUGUUGUUAUCUUUAUCUCUAGCUCUAUAUAAGAGACUCAUUUAUUUGUAUUUUGGAAUAGAUGUGAUUAAUGAAAAUUCAGAUUGGAUAUUUUUCCAGUUGUUAGAUGCUGACUCCUAACGCCUUAGGUGCUAUGUUGCACUGACAUGCCAAUUUUGGCCUAGUACCCAUGUCCGACAUGUGUCGGACAUGUGUACUGGUAAGACACGCCCAAAACCUGUACCCAGCGCUUGUCUUUUAUUUUAUUUUUUUUGAAAUUCAAACACGGCUCCAACAUGGUGUUGACUUGAAGGACACGGUAAAUCAAAAAAAAAAAAAAAAAAAGGAAAAGUCAGGAUUUCGACAUCUAGAGACACACUUACCGUUGAUCUUGUUUGACUAAAGCCCAAAAAGGCUAAAAUUUUCUGCUAUCUGGGUUCUCACAAUCUCACACUCACACCAACGCCUCACACUCACAAUACACUCGUUCAGUCCUUCUCAGCUCUCUCUAUCUCUCAUCUUCGGUGAUCUGAGACCACCGUAGAUCGGCAACCAUCAAGCCUCUCUCUCCCUCCGCUGUUUCUCUCCAUCUUCAGGUAUGAGGCUGCACUGGAUCCAUGGAUGUCAUCUUUGUGGAGUAUGUUGAAUCAAAUCAAUGAUAAAUUCUUCCCACAAGGUCCAGAUUUUCUGAUUCUGGAUAUGAAAUUGAUUGAUCAACCAAAAAUUCAUAUCACAUAUCAUAGUGUUGACAAGGUGGAUUCACAAUCUUCACCAAACUCAGAUUUAAAAUGGAUUGAGAUGCAAAUUGAGAGGGCCCGCUCAAUGUCUCCUGGAAAAUUUACUCGUGACAAGACUAGGCCCAACUGCUUUCUUAAAUUGAUACAAAAUCAACGAUUGACCAGAGCAGAAUGUGGAAAGGAUGUGCGGCACUUUGAGUUUGAAUUUGUUUCAUCUACUAUCGAAUACAAGGUUGGUGACAUUCUUGAGGUCCUCCCUAGUCAGAAUCAAUCAGCAGUAGAUUCGUUCAUACAGCGUUGUAAUUUGGACCCUGAUGCUUUCAUUACCGUCCAUCCUAAAGAGAUGAACAAUCACCUUCUUCAUACUCAUACGAGUGCAAAUGUCCCGAUCAAAUUAAAAACUUUUGUGGAGUUGACAAUGGAUGUUGCUUCAGCUCCUCCUCGGCGCUAUUUUUUUGAGGUCAUGAGUUAUUUUGCAACAGCUCCACAUGAAAAGGAAAAACUUCAAUAUUUUGCUUCACCUGAAGGAAGAGAUGAUCUAUAUCAAUACAAUCAGAAGGAACGAAGAAGUGUUCUUGAGGAAUCAAAUUUGGGAGCACUGAACAUUCUACGCCUGCAGUCCCAUGUAGAUGUGAUACAAUUGGUAUUAGAGGACUUCCCAUCUGUCCAAAUGCCAUUUGAAUGGCUGGUGCAGUUGGUUCCGCUGUUGAAAACCAGGGCUUUCUCCAUAUCUUCAUCCCCUAUAGCUCAUUCCAAUCAAGUGCAUUUAACUGUCAGUGUAGUGUCAUGGAUGACACCUUUUAAAAGGAAGCGAAGUGGUCUGUGCUCAACAUGGCUAGCCAAACUUGAUCCUGAACAAAGCAUUUAUAUUCCAGCAUGGUUUCAGAAAGGUGCCCUUUCUCCUCCACCACCAUCACUUCCACUAAUUCUUAUUGGACCUGGAACUGGUUGUGCACCCUUUCGUGGAUUUGUGGAGGAAAGAGCGAUUCAAAAUGAAUCCAGUGCAACUGCUCCAGUUCUAUUCUUCUUUGGUUGCCGAAAUGAGGAUGGUGACUUCCUAUACAGAGAUUUUUGGUUGUCGCAUUCCCAAAAUGGUGGGGUGCUUUCAGAAGCUAAAGGUGGAGGUUUAUUUGUUGCUUUCUCAAGAGACCAGCCACAGAAGGUUUAUGUGCAGCAUAAGGUGCGGGAAAACAGUCGGAAGAUUUGGAAUUUGCUGACCGAGGGGGCUGCCAUCUACAUUGCAGGUUCAUCUACAAAAAUGCCUUCUGAUGUAUUGUUGGCCUUUGAGGAUAUCGUAUCCAAGGAAGGUGGGCUUCCAAGGGAAUCUGCUGUGAGGUUGCUUAGGACUCUGGAAAAGGCUGGCAGGUACCAUGUUGAAGCUUGGUCUUGAUCCCUGCUUUAAUUCUUCAUGUUAUGGGAAGACCAAACAACAGUUUUGCAGUUUGAGUGUUGUAGAUUGAAUAUAGUCUAUGAAACUCUAAAUUGAUUUAUUUGACUAAAGUUUAUACUCCCGAGCAGUUUAGGUAGAGGAGAUUGGGUCCUCAAUACAGCAUAUGUAACAGUUGUAUGAUAUUGUAUAAUGGCGUAAAUUUCUUCCAAAAGUGUGAAUUAUAUUUCCAUUAA